UGUUUGAUAAUUACGCCCAGAAUUAUUUUAAUUCUAACCCAAACAGUGGAACUUAAUUAUUUAAUUUAUAUAGAUAUGUGUUUCUAAAUGUUUUACUUAGUGUUAUAAUAUAUAUUAAUGGCUUUGAUGGAGCAACCAGCUAAUAAAAGUCUUGUUUUAUUCCAGUGGCGAAAAUUCACUUUCUUCGAUAUUCAUGAAAAGGUGGACAAUGGAAAGAUAGCAGAGUCUUUACAGGACACACACAUAACAGUAUCAACAAGUGGCAAUGGUCAUGUAAUCCUCGGUGAUGUGACUGGUUGGGCCCACAUCAUCACCCGUUGUUGGGACAUCACCUCCUUCAAGGCAUAUGAACUGACUAUAUCACUGGCACAGCAACUGCCACAUGAUCCUUUUCUAGUCACAAUAGGGGAUGAUGAGGCAGGUGUGAACCCACUAAUCAAGGUGUGGGACUGGUCCCGUACUGACCGUCAUGGCAACCCCAAGUGCGUGCGAGUGUGCCGCGCCGUUCCAUCACACAUGCGACCGACCCCAGCCACUGCAUUGGCUGUCAAUGAUAAUAAGAAUCUCCUGGCUGUUGGUUUCCAAGAUGGUUCUGUAUCAUUAUUCCGCGGUAACCUGACAAGACAGCGUAGUGGCGAGAUGAAAACGCUGCCAAACUCGGGAAAUAGUCCAAUUACGGGACUUGCAUUCAAAGACGCAGACAAGCUGUACGUGGUGUCCCGCGCGAGCGUCACACUGUGGUGGCCGGCCACAGAACGCAACGUUACACUCGAGCGGCAGGGAGCUCCGCCCGCCUGCAGCGCGCUCGCAGACAACCACGGACUCACCGUCGCCGUCGGGAACGCGAUAUACUGCUACACUCCGGAAGGUCGAGGUCCGUGCUACGCGCUAGAAGGCGACAAAGUGGGACUGAAUUGGUUCCGUUCAUAUCUAGUCAUCACCAGCAACGAAACGCAAUCAAAAUCCACCGCCUCUACUAGCACCGGACCGAAAUCUCAUCACAUCACUAUAUUGGACAUUCAGAAUAAAUUCAUUGUGUUUUCCAAAACGUUCGAUCUGAUUGAUGCGGUGAUCACUGAGUGGGGAUCGUUCUAUAUACUAACAAAGAAGAAAGAGAUCAUAUAUUUGGAAGAGAAAGAUCUGCAGUCCAAGUUAUCGUUGCUGUUCAAGAAGAAUUUAUAUGAUGUUGCGAUUAGGAUAGCGAGUAGUCAGCAUUAUGAUGUUGAGGGAUUUACAGAAAUAAAUAAACAAUAUGGAGAUCACUUAUACAGCAAGGGCGACUUGAAAGGCGCUAUAGACCAAUAUAUCAAAACCAUUGGUUGGCUGGAGACAUCAUAUGUAAUUCGUAAAUAUCUGGAAGCUAGGGACCUGGAACCUCUGAUACUGUACUUGGAAGAGUUGCACAAGAAGGGCCACGCUACCGAGGACCACACCACGCUACUGCUGACUUGCUACGUGAAAAUAGACCAGCAUGAUCAGCAGGGGAAACUGAAGGAAUUCAUCAACUCCAAGGAUAGAGCCAUAGAUUUUGAUGUGGAUGUUGCUAUUAAGGUGGUCCGCCAAGUUAGCGUGGACGAUGCUCUCUCGCUAGCGUCGAAUAAUAAGCGUCACGACUGGUACCUCAAGAUUAUGCUAGAAGACAAGAAGGAGUACAGCUCCGCGCUUCAGUACAUGCUUGACUUGGAGUUUGAGGAUGCGGAAUUCUACAUGAAGAAGUAUGGGCACACACUCAUACAGCAUGAACCAGAGGAGAGCACAAAAUUCCUGAAACUGCUGUGUACGGACUACAAACCUCGCAGUAAACCAUUAGUGGAUGAGGCUACUCUCACGGGAGGCAUCAGGGAACCAGAAAGGGCCCUCCCAGAUGACUUCAUACACAUGUUCUUAAGCAAUUCGGAGCGGCUCAUCGAGUUCCUGGAACAUAUGACUACGCUCGAUUUGGAAUGUUCGAAGCUUGUGUACAACGCGCUUAUUGAACAUUAUAUACACGUAUGGGCUAAAGUUUCAGGGAGAGAGAAGACUGUAUAUGAAGAGAAAGUUUUAAAUAUUUUAAAGGAUUCAGAAGCAAAUUAUGACAAAGAUCAUACUCUCAUCAUUUGUCAGAUGCUUGGUUUUAAAACUGGAAUUCUCUAUCUAUAUGAAGAAAAUAAGCUGUGGCGGGCUCAAGUGGCGCUGCACAUGCGCGGCGGGGACGCGGACGCAGCGCUCGGCGUGUGUCGGCGGCGCGGGCCCGCCUGCCCCCAGCUGUGGCUCGACGUGCUCUGGUGGCCGCCGCCCGGCGCCGCGCUGCCCGAGCUGCUGGCAGUCAUAGACAAUGAGAAACUCUUGUCACCGAUCCUCGUGAUCGACUGUCUUGCCAGCACUCCCUCGUACACCCUCGGCGAUGUGCGCAAAUAUUUAUUGAACGUUCUCAAAUCAGAGGACGAAGUGAUCACCCGCGAACAAGAACUAGCCACCAAAUACAAAGCGGAAAGUGAGAAAAUGAAGGCUCAAAUACAAACUUUGCAGAAUGAGCCCAUAACCUUUCAAAGUUCUCGGUGUGCGGCUUGCAGCAGGCAGUUGGAGCUACCCACUAUUCACUUUUUCUGUCAACAUUCUUUCCACCAACACUGUUUUCAGAGUUACUCCGAGUCGGAGCGCGAGUGCCCGAUGUGUGAGGCGGGGCGCCGCCCGCCGCCCACGCCGCCGCCCGACGCCUUACACCAGCGGCUGCGGCAGGAACGAGACCCUUACGCGGUAGUGUCGGAGUACUACGGGCGCGGUCUGUUCAACAAGCUGACGGUGGUGACGGGGGCGCUGCAGGAGUCUCCGAGCCAGCCCACCGCCCCCGCAGCCCCGCCCGCGCCCGCCGCCCCCGCCCCCGCCCCCGCCCCCACCUACGGGCCCGGAGCUGAAGCUAAGCUACGGUUACAAGAGGGGCAGAGUAAACAAGUGUUUGUGACCAAUACAGCGAAACAAGUACCAGCUAAAGGCACCUCAGUGGUCCCCAUCCCGGAAGGCAGGAUGCGCUUGCUUGAGCAGCAACGGUACAGUUCCAGUCUCGAGGCCAACAUGAACAGGUUGGAGCCGAAGGUCCACGUACCGCGCACCUCUCCCCUCGACUCCCCCAGAUCUUCAAAUAAAGUGGAGGAAGCCAUCAGCGCUGGUAGCUCACCAAAGAUAUCCUCAGUCAUAAAGACGGGCACAAACCCAUUCGAAGAUGAAUACGACGAAUCUAAAAACCCAUUCGCAAACGACGAGGAUGUAAUCAUGCACGAUCCCACCAACCCAUUCGCAGAAGACGACGACUAUGAUAAAAACCUAAAUCCCUUCUCGUGAAAUGAAAUUUUCACGAAUGUCGGCAAUAUUUCUAGAUAGUCUCGCAAUGUUCGAAGUUCCUGAUUUUUCGCUUCUCGACAAAGAACAAUCGGUUUAUAUUUCAAAUAAAAGUAUUACGUAAGAGGAUGUAAUUAUAUUCAUAUAUUGUAAAUAUAUUAAUCAAAUCUUUUUUAACGAAAUAUAACUAAUACUUACAUAUUACAAUAGAGCAAGAUCCCAGAACCACCAGACUUUUUAUAAUGAUCUUUAAAUUUUUCUUGCUUGUAACAGGUUCGCACAUAUACGAUAUAAUGAUCAACCAUCAGAAUUUAAAAUAAAUUAUUUUUUAAGAAUUUUCAUUAUCUGAAAUCGUCGUCUGGUCUAACUACAUAAUAUCGUACAUUUCUUCAAACAAUUGGAUACGCCUUUCCAUUGGUGUGUGAGUACGUCCCGCCCAGUUUGCAAAUGCGCCAAUCGAACGCCGUAGUCGGCACGGGGCGUCGACUGGACUGAACCUUAAAAUGUAAACCCAGGUUAAUAACAAUACUAAACACACAUAUAUGUAGUAAUGAUACGUACGUAGAAAAUACUAAGAAAAAGUAUAUUCGUCUGUUCGGAAUAUUACUUGAUGUAGUAUAUGUAGGAAAGAGAAGGAAGUAUUAUCCAAUCUCUAGCGCACACUGCUGGCGUCAUACGGCCAUUACGCUGUAACCGGCGAGUGAAAAUAGUGUUCUGAGAGUCGAUAGUUAGAAAGAUAAACAGUAUAGUUUACAUACACCGCCAUCUUUAGUGGACUCCUGGCUAAGAUGUUUCUAAGAGCUUCGA